GUUUUCAAGACUAGUAUUGAAUUCAUGUUAUCCAAACUGUUUUCUGCAUUCAGUGUCACCGGCGGCACUGCACUGUUGCUUAUACCACCUUCCGCCCCAGCUAAACCCUAAACCCUUUCGUUCGCUUGAACACGCUUCAAUGGCUCUCACCUUCUUCUCCCUCACUACACCCUUUAUGUAUCCGCACUCUCUUUGUUUAAAACCCUCUAUUUCGCAAUUCAAACCGCUUCAUGGUUUCUUUCCUAUCCACCGCCGACUACGAUUCCCGGCGGUAGUCGUUUCCGCAGGAAAUUUUGACCCAAAUCCUGCGGACGACGACCCACCCGAAGCCCCCGAAGAUUCCGCGCAUGGGCUGUUUAAGUUCCAGCAGAUUCAGCGUCAAGCCGCUAGAGCACGAAAACGCGAAGAAGAGCAGUUCAAGAAGGACCAGUCCACCUUCCUCAACGCCAUUGCGGAUGUUGAAGACGCACCUGAUAACGUUGAUUCAAUCGAUGCCGAGGGUGCUGGGGACGAUUUGUUUGGGGAGAUUGAUAAGGCCAUUGCAAUGAAACGGAAAGAAUUCGUGAAGCAAGGGCUUUUGAAGCCUAACCCCAAGAAAGAGAGCGUGGUUCCCAAGGAGAUCGCUGAGGGGAUUGAAGAAUUGGAGCCUGAUGAGGUUGUUGACUUGGAGGAAAUUAACGAGCUUCGAGGGCUCACUGUUAUUUCAGAGGAUUUGGAUGAUGAAGACUCGGAGAAGCUCGAUGACGAGGAGAGUGAUUCAGGUAAUGUUAAUAGUGGGUCGUCUUCACAUUCGUCGUUUGAUGUCGAUUUCGAUAGUUUUGGGGAAUCUGGAGUGAGAAUUGUGGAACCCAAGUUUAGAAUGAGCUUAGCUGAGCUAUUGGAUGAGAGUAAAGUUGUACCCGUGUCGGUUUAUGGUGAUUUGGAGGUAGAGAUUACAGGAAUUCAACAUGAUUCGAGAGUGGUAAGUUCGGGGGAUUUGUUUGUGUGUUGUGUUGGGAGGAAAACUGAUGGCCAUUUGUAUUUGAGUGAGGCUGAUAAGAGAGGGGCUGUUGCGGUGGUGGCAAGUAAAGAAAUAGAUAUAGAGGAGACAUUGGGGUGUAAAGCUCUGGUCAUUGUGGAAGAUACCAGUUUGGUUCUUCCUGCAUUGGCUGCAGCCUUUUAUGGACACCCAUCGAAAAAUAUGGCUGUGAUUGGUAUAGUUGGGACAAAUGGGAAGACGACCACGGCGUAUUUGAUAAGGGCCAUGUAUGAAGCCAUGGGAUUGAGAACCGGGAUGUUGAGCACUGUAGCAUAUUAUGUGCAUGGAAAAAAUAAGUUGGAAGCGCCAUACACCACCCCGGAUGCUGUUUUGAUUCAGAAGUUGAUGGCAAAGAUGCUACAUAAUGGUACUGAAGCUGUUGUGAUGGAAGCUUCAUCCCAUGGGCUAGCACUAGGGAGGUGCAAUGAAGUCGAUUUUGAUAUUGCAGUUUUCACUAAUUUGACUAGGGAUCAUAUGGAUUUUCAUGAGUCAGAGGAGGAUUAUAGGAAUGCCAAGGCCAAACUAUUUUCCAGAAUGGUGGACCCUGAUCGGCACAGGAAAAUUGUUAACAUCGAUGACCCAAACGCACCUUUCUUUAUAGCACAAGGGAACCCAGAUGUACCCGUUGUGACCUUUGCAAUGGAGAAUAAGGACGCAGAUGUUCAUCCAUUGAAGUUUGAACUCUCCCUGUUUGAGACCCAGGUUUUGGUCCAGACACCCAAGGGAAUAUUGGAGAUUUCAUCAGGAUUGCUGGGGAGGCAUAAUAUUUACAACAUUCUGGCAGCUGUUGCAGUUGGGAUUGCUGUUGGGGCGCCUUUGGAGGACAUUGUUAGAGGUAUUGAAGAGAUAGAUGCAGUUCCUGGUAGAUGUGAGUUAAUAGAUGAGGAACAGGCAUUUGGGGUGAUUGUGGAUUAUGCGCAUACUCCUGAUGCCCUAUCUAGAUUACUGGACUCAGUCAGGGAGCUUGGAGCAAGGCGGAUUAUUACAGUUUUUGGUUGUGCUGGUGAGAGUGAUAGAGGGAAGCGGCCCAUAAUGACGAAGAUUGCAACGGAUAAAAGUGAUGUGGUUAUUCUGACCUCCGACAAUCCAAAGAAUGAAGAUCCAUUGGACAUCUUGGAUGAUAUGUUGGCUGGCGUGGGAUGGACAAUGCACGAUUACUUGAAAUAUGGGGCAAAUGAUUACUACCCGCCUCUUCCAAAUGGUCAUAGGCUUUUCUUGCAUGAUAUUAGACGGGUAGCUGUUCGUGCAGCUGUUGCCAUGGGCGAGGAAGGUGAUAUUGUUGUGGUUGCUGGAAAAGGUCAUGAGACAUAUCAGAUAGAAGGUGACAAAAAGGAGUUCUUUGAUGAUCGGGAGGAAUGCCGUGAAGCAUUGCAGUAUGUUGAUGAGCUUCAUCAAGCUGGAAUAGACACUAGUGAAUUUCCAUGGCGGUUACCUGAGAGUCACUAAAACAGUGUCAAAAGCAACAUCGAGAGUUUUGAAGCUAACAUAAGAGGGAAUAGUAGUUUCACUUGUGCAAGUUGAGUAGAGGCGCCCUUCCAUUCCAUUGAAAAAGAAAAAGAAAAUUCUGAAUCAGAGAAGAACCAUGUGGAUUUCUGUUGAUAUGAUGAACGUGAUGCUACCCUACAUUUGAAGGCAAUUGACAGAGGGUUGUUGUUUGGUCAGAUGUAUGAUUCAUGAGGUUGCUGGGCCGCCUUUGAGCUGUUUAAGACUGUCAUAGUUUGAAGCACCCAUGGCAAUUUGGCCCCAUAAAAAGGUAACUGAAGAUGCAAUUUUGUAAGCAGGUAUACGUAGCUCUGAUCCUGGUCACCAAUUUGGAAGUCUGAAUGAUUCCACUUGGUUGAGCAAUUGGUUUUUUUUUUUUUUAUGCUUAUUGGGAGUUCAUCUCCAGAUAUCAAGAUGGUGUAGUGCAUGUUAUCUGUAUUCUGAUGUUGUUAAAGCUGAUACUUAGUGGACAAACUCCAAAUCUUGAAGGCUUCAUGAGUAUCUGAUCUUGGCUCCUAU